CCUCUCUUUCCGACAUCCUCUCAAUCAACUCUUCCCCCCCUUCUCCCCCCAAACAACAUCACUUGAACCACUCCUCCUCCCCUAUAGACUUGCUACGACACGCUCUUUCCGUUCUGUACCUAUAGACCGAGAAGAGACACACUUCGAGCCAACCAACAAAAGAAAAAAAGAAGCCCGACCGUAAUCGAUCCGUCUUCCUCCCCCUCCUGCUCCUCCGCACCUUCACCUUUUAUCAAGCAACCACCUGCAACCUCACGAGGUCGCAACCCCAAUCAACCCCUUUCAACACAUUAUGACUGCUACCCCCGUCACCGACUCCAACAUCCCUGCCUCGGGCGCCACUGGCCUCGAGAAGAAGUUUGCUGGUGUCACUCUGAACGCGAACCGCCCCGCUUACGUUCCCCCCUACCUCCGCGCCCGUCAGGCCGCCGAGGCUGUCGCCCCCCCCAAGCCGGCGGCUCCCAUCAACACCGCUGCCCCCGUCCCCUCGCAGGCUGGCAACGGUUACCGCCCGUCGCCCACGGGCCUCCCCACCCCCGCCCCUACUCCCGUUUCGAGCCGUGGCGCCUACGCCCCUCCCCGCGCCCGCGGCGAGGCUGCCGACGACGGAGGCUGGGGUGGACCCCCCCGCGGUGGCAACAACCGCUCGUUUGAGCGCGGCACCGCUCCCGGUGUCGGCGUCUGGCGCGAUGGCCAGCACAUUACUGGCCCCCGCAACCCCCGUCUUGAGAAGGAGCUCUACGGCGAGGAGGGUGACGGUACUCACCAGUCGACUGGUAUUAACUUCGACAAGUAUGCCGACAUCCCCGUCGAGGCCACCGGCACUGGCGUUCCCGAGCCGGUGACCGAGUUCACCCCUCCCAUUGACCCUGUCCUCCUCGAGAACAUCGCCUAUGCGCGCUACACGACCCCCACCCCGGUCCAGAAGUACUCGAUCCCCAUUGUCGCCCUCAACCGUGACCUGAUGGCUUGUGCCCAGACUGGUUCGGGCAAGACUGGUGGUUUCCUCUUCCCCAUCCUCUCGGCCAUGUUCUCGUACGGCCCCUCGGCUCCUCCCCCGGACAACCAGUCGUACGGCUACAGCCGCAAGAAGGCUUACCCCACCGCCCUCAUCCUUGCCCCCACUCGUGAGCUCGUCUCGCAGAUCCACGAGGAGGCCCGCAAGUUUGCCUACCGUUCGUGGGUUCGCCCCGCCGUCGUCUACGGCGGUGCCGACAUUGGCCAGCAGAUCCGCCAGCUCGACCGCGGCUGUGACCUCCUCUCGGCUACCCCCGGUCGUCUUGUCGACCUGAUUGAGCGUGGCCGCAUCUCGCUUGCCAACGUCAAGUACCUCGUCCUUGACGAGGCCGACCGCAUGCUCGACAUGGGUUUCGAGCCCCAGAUCCGCAGAAUCGUCGAGGGCGAGGACAUGCCCGGCGUCCACGACCGUCAGACCCUCAUGUUCUCGGCCACCUUCCCCAAGGAGAUCCAGAUGCUCGCCCGCACCUUCCUCAAGGACUACAUCUUCCUUUCGGUUGGUCGUGUCGGUUCGACCUCGGAGAACAUUACGCAGCGCAUCGAGUACGUCGAUGACCACGACAAGCGCUCGCUCCUCCUCGACCUGCUCCUCGCCGAGCAGUCGAACGGUCUCAUCCUCGUGUUCGUUGAGACCAAGCGUAUGGCCGACUCGCUCUGCGACUUCCUCUGCUCGCAGCGCCACAACGCCACCUCGAUCCACGGUGACCGCACUCAGCGCGAGCGUGAGGCUGCCCUGUACGCUUUCCGUACCGGCCGCGCCCCCAUCCUCGUCGCCACUGCCGUCGCUGCCCGUGGUCUCGACAUUCCCAACGUCACCCACGUCAUCCUCUACGACCUCCCCACCGACGUCGCCGAGUACACCCACCGUAUCGGUCGUACUGGCCGUGCCGGUAACACCGGUACCUCGACCGCCUUCUUCAACCGUGGCAACCUCGCUAUCGGCCGUGACCUCAUCGAGCUCCUCAAGGAGGCUAACCAGGAGGUUCCUCAGUGGCUUGUUGACAUCUCGUCUGAGCGUUCGUUCGGCGGUGGUUACGGUCGCUCGAGCCGUGGUCGUGGCGGCGGUGCCCGCUCCGGCGGUCGCGACGCUCGCCAGGGUGGCGGUUUCGGUGGCUCGGGUGGCUACGGCGGUGGCCGCGGCGGCUCGGGCUACGGCGGCGGCUACGGCGGCGGCGGUGGUGGUGGCUACGGCGGCGGCUACAGCGGUGGUGGCGGCGGCUUUGGUGGCGGUGCUCCCGCUGGCCAGUUCGGCGGUGGUGGCUUCCCCCCUGCUUCGGGCUCGUCGGGUGCCAGCUGGUGGUAAGCUCUACCCACUGACACGGUGUGCGACCUAGUCGCCGCUGUUGUUCCGCAUCAAGUGUCCGGUUUCCGAAAUCGUUUCAUUUUUCCUUUCUCUUCUCUGCAUCAUCGACAUCCCAAUUCGCCCGUCAGCAUUCGCAAGCAUCGAGCAACAAGCAACAACAUCCCCCCUUCCAUUUCUCCCGUCAUUCAGCGCACAACUAUCAUCAAUUGAUCAUACACGGCGGCGCUGGUCGCACAACGAAAUGGACGUUGAACAUCAAACCACGCAUUCGAGCUCGCUUGCACAAACCCCCCUCCGCUGGCGGCGGAAGGAGUCCCGAUACCCAUCCGGCCUUGUGUACGAUUAGCGCAUUCCUAUUCAAGAUUCCCGACCACAACAAUAGACAGCACCUGGCACAAUUUCAUGACGACUUACGACCCCCCCACCCCAAUAUAGCAUUUCGACAUUAUCAUUGUGCCCCCCCUUCGCUGUCUGGGUUACCCCCAGGGAAUUAUCAUGUAGCGGAGACACCAGGGCGAGAGGCGCUAGAGGCUUAGAGUGACUUAUAGAGAUCCAACCGCGAGCCUCGCCGGCGUUUGUAUGCCCCACCGUCUCGGUGAGAGAAUAUGAAUAGAGUUGCGAGUA